AUGACACACUCCAACCUCUCGCACCGAAGGACACACAACCUGCUCCUACUCUCGAAGCUACUCAACCAGAGAGACCAUGCCAGCCCACUCACACUCGUCCUCGACACCCUGGAACAGCCCGCGAGCCCGUUGGUGAGAGAGUACCUGCGGCGGUCGAGGCUGUCGAAGACGACGGCCACCGUCUUUCUGUCGUUCGAGACCUUCGUCAGGCCCAGGGACGUGGACCAUUUCGUCGAAUGUUACGGCGAGGGUGGGAAGAGCCCGCAGCACAUGGCGAGACAGGUCGCUGCGAUCUUGUCCCGCAAUCAUGGUGGAGCUAGACGAUACCUGAUCAUAAUUGACUCAUUGACGAGACUAUCUUCUACGUCGACGGAUCCGGCAUCAAACUUGAACCUCACUGGAUUCUUGUCCUCUUUGCUGCAACCGCCGAUCGAACAAGCGCAACAGAUCCAAAUCUCCCUUGUGGCAGUCUAUCAUACCGACGUGCCCCUUCCUUCAUCCGGAUCUUCAUCGCAUUCAAAAUCAUCCUACUCGCCAUCGCCGCUCUCACUCCUUUCAUAUCUCGCCACUACGAUAAUCACAGUCCACUCGCUGGCCAUCUUACUUGCCGAGAAGGCUGCUCGGGCACGAUCUCUUGCGGCGCGCACGUUUGGCCUGCGCGAAGAGAGCGAAGGCGUCCUGAUCGGUCUGAAACCGCAGGGGAAUCUGAACCCUGACGAGCGGGGUGUUGUGCUGGAACUCGAACAUCGUAGAAAAAGCGGUCGGGGCGUACUUGAGUGGUAUUUCCUCCCUGUCCCAGCCGUUUCAAAGACGCAGCAGACAACAAACAACAAUACAGUACCACAAGCGUUUCGCGAAAUCGUGACUUUGCUCGACGACCAUCCGCUAUUUCGAAAAUCGAAGGACGAAAAAGACACCGUCGACUCAGAGCUGGCAGGUAUGACGUUUGAGCUGGGCCUGACGGAGCGGCAGAGGCUAGAACGCGAGGGAGUGGUGUUGCCGUAUUUCGACGCGCAAAAGGCCGGUGGAGGAGGCGCUGGCGAAGGCGGGAGGAUUCUGUACGAUAUGGGUGUCGAGGAUGACUUUGAUGAAGAGGAAGACGAGAUCUGA